AUGCUGUUUCCAAGAUAUUUCGAGACCAACCCGAAUGCGGAACUUUUGGUUCGUGAGUCUCUGGCCUACAUGCUCCAGAUCACACCGACAAAUUUCGCCAAUUUACCAUGCGCCACAGAUGAAGCGAAUGGGUCUUACCAUCGUCCUGAGUCGGAGGCACUUAUCCACUGGUGUCAUGGUUCUCCAGGUGCGGUUUUAGCCUACGCCCGUGCAUACAUCCUGUGGAAGGAUGGCCGUUAUCUGGCAGAAUGCCGUCGCUGCGCCGAGCUUAUCUGGCACAGAGGUUUACUCAAAAAGGGCCCCGGUAUUUGCCACGGUGUGGCCGGUAACGCAUACAUAUUCCUACUAAUGUACCGGCUAACCGGAGAAGCAUUCUAUCUACAUCGAUGCGCCGCGUUCGCCCGAUUCAUGCAGAUGGAUGCAUUUAAACAAGCCCGUCGUCCGGAUUGUCCAUACUCACUUUUUGAGGGACUGGCUGGGACAGCGUGUUUUUAUGCUGACCUAUCUGAGCCAGCAACCGGCGCCUUCCCCCUGAUGGAUCCUUUUUGGGACGUAUACACUAAUCCCGAUGCCAGCCGACCUGUCCAGUAG